UUUCAAAAGGUUUUCCUGGAUUAAGAGAGAAAGAAAAUGCGGGAGCGGUGCUGCGUGGCUCCUGCGGAGCUCCAUAAAUAAUUUCCAGCAUCAGGCAGGACCACUCCGUGCUCCCUUCCAGUUGCUGUCACACGGGUGUCUCCCGGGGAGGGGCCGGGCAGAGCUGCUUCUUGGCCCCUUGCAUUUUACCUGGGGAGGUGGGCGUGUUUCAGUGGCUCUCCCCGAAGAAGCCUGGCAAGAUGUCAGCCCCGCUGGCAAUCGUCCUCCACCUCCUCCUCCUCUUCAAGCUCAUCGCCCCGGUGACCUUUCGCCACAACCGCUAUGAUGACCUCGUGCGGACGCUGUACAAGGUGCACAACCAGUGCCCCCACAUCACCCGGGUCUACAGCAUCGGGCGCAGUGUGAAAGGGAGACACCUCUACGUGCUGGAAUUCAGCGACUACCCCGGAAUCCACGAGCCCUUGGAACCGGAAGUGAAGUAUGUGGGGAACAUGCACGGCAACGAGGUGCUGGGCCGAGAGCUGCUGCUGCAGCUGUCCGAGUUCCUGUGCGAGGAGUUCCGCAACCGGAACCAGCGCAUCGCCCGGCUCGUCCAGGACACGCGCAUCCACAUCCUGCCGUCCAUGAACCCCGACGGCUACGAGGUGGCCGCUGCCCAGGGCCCAAAUGUGUCUGGCUAUCUGGUUGGCAGGAACAAUGCAAAUGGAGUGGACCUGAACCGCAAUUUCCCUGAUCUCAACACCUACAUCUACUACAACGAGAAGUACGGCGGCCCCAACCACCACUUGCCCCUUCCGGACAACUGGAAAAGUCAGGUGGAACCUGAGACCCAGGCCGUAAUCCAGUGGAUGCACGCCUUCAACUUUGUUCUCUCGGCCAAUCUCCAUGGAGGGGCAGUGGUGGCCAAUUACCCGUAUGACAAGUCCCUUGAGCACCGGGUCCGAAAUUUCCGCCCCACUGCCAAUACGCCCACUCCCGAUGAUAAGCUUUUCCAGAAGCUGGCCAAGGUCUACUCUUACGCUCAUGGAUGGAUGCACCAAGGCUGGAACUGUGGGGAUUACUUCCCAGAUGGCAUCACCAAUGGGGCGUCCUGGUAUUCUCUCAGCAAGGGAAUGCAAGACUUUAAUUAUCUCCAUACCAACUGCUUUGAGAUCACUCUGGAACUGAGCUGCAACAAGUUUCCCCACCAAGAGGAGUUACAGAGGGAGUGGCUGGGCAAUCGGGAAGCCCUGAUCCAAUUCUUGGAACAGGUUCACCAGGGCAUCAAGGGAAUGGUGCUUGAUGAGAAUUACAAUAACGUCACAGGGGCUGUCAUUUCCGUCGGCGGGAUUAACCAUGAUGUCACCUCAGGUGAGCACGGGGAUUACUUCCGGCUGCUGCUUCCAGGUACCUAUGUCGUCACUGCCACAGCGCCUGGGUUUGACCCAGAGACGGUGACUGUGACCGUGGGUCCCGCAGAACCGACACUGGUUAACUUCCAGCUCAAGAAAAGCAUCCUUCAAGCAAGCUCCGGGAGGAGAACCCCGAGCGGAGGCCACAGGGGCAGAAUGAAGGCGCAGCCCCGGACAACCAGAAGGAAGGAGACGGAGGGGAAGCUGCCACGGAGAGGCCCUGCGUGAGGCCCACAGAACCCGCGCCGGCCCUGCAGAGCGGCCAUUCCCUGCGCUCUGAGCGGAGGAAGCAGCUUCCGGGUUUAUUGUCUGGGACGUAUUUAAACACGAGUAUGAGCGUGCUCAGAACACUUGGGAAUGGUCUGUCUGUUCCAGGGCUAAGGCCUCUCUAGGCCAUGAUUAAAAGAAUCAGAGUCCAUUGGAAA